UUCUUCGCCUCACAACAACUAUCUAAAUCUAACAUUCAUUUCCUUCUCUCUGCCUUUCCCAUUCUCUCUCAAACCCAUUGAGAAAUAUCUCUUCAUAAUUUUUCAUUCUCUUUGCUUUCUUAAACUCUUAAAACAUUUCCAAUUUCGUCACAUAUUUCUUUCUCCUCUUUCCCUUAGAUCUUCCCAACCGUCUAUAUAUCCCAAUCACAAUGGCUCUUCUAACUAACAAACGAGCCUUCUCUUCAUCUUUCACCCAACGAUGUAGAUAUGAUGUGUUUUUGAGUUUCAGAGAAGAAGAUACCCGCAAUAGUUUUACUAGCAAUUUGAAUGGUAUUUUGCGUUAUAAUGGUAUUAACACCUUCAUGGAUGAUGAGCUCCAAAGAGGAGAGAUAAUUUCCACUGAACUUCUCGAAGCUAUUGAAAGUUCAAAAUUUUCAAUAAUUGUAUUCUCUAAAAACUAUGCAACUUCCACUUGGUGUUUGGAUGAACUUGUCAAAAUUCUUGAAUGUAAAAAGAAUGGCCAAGUGGUGUUUCCAGUUUUUUACGAGGUUGAUCCAUCAGAAGUACGUAAUCAAAAGGGAAAGUUUGGAGAAGCACUAGCAAAACAUGAAGAAAAUUUCAAGUAUGGCACAAACAAGGUGCAAAGAUGGAGGGCCGCCCUAAAUGAAGCUGGCAAUUUAUCUGGUUGGCAUUACAAAAAUGACCACCCUCAAUUUAGGUUUAUCCAAGAAAUUUUUGAAGAGAUCUCAAGUGCUAAAUUAAAUUGUUCACAAGUAUUUGUUGGUAAAUACCCAGUUGGAAUAGACUCUCGGGUAGAGGAAAUAAUUCGGUGCUUAGAUAUUGAGUCAAACGAUGUUCGCAUGUUAGUGAUCCAUGGUCUUCCUAGAAUAGGUAAGACAACAAUUGCAAAAGCUAUUUUUAACUUAAUUGCAUAUCGUUUUGAAGGAAGUAGCUUUCUAGAGGAUGUUAGAGAAAACUCAAAAACAAAUGAUGGUGUACUCCAACUACAAGAGGCACUUUAUUAUGAGAUCUUAGGGGGUAGAAAUUUGAAUGUGCAUGGUGUAUCCAAAAGAAUCAAUGUGAUAAUGGAAAAGCUUCAACACAAAAAAAUUCUUUUAAUUCUAGAUGAUGUGGACAAAUUAGUCCAAGUAGAAAAUUUGCUUGGAAAAUGCAAUUGGUUUGCUUUUGGAAGUAGAAUUAUUAUCACAACAAGAGAGAAAAAGUUGCUAUCUACUCUACAAGAAGAUUGUCAUUUAAUUUACUAUAAGGUUAAGGAAUUAGAUGAUCAUGAAUCUCGUGAACUCUUUUGUCAACAUGCAUUCAAAAGAAACAAGCCUACAGAAGAUUAUUUGGAGCUCAUACACCAAUUUAUAGGUUAUGCCAAAGGACUUCCAUUAGUUCUAAAAAUAAUAGGUGAUGAUUUAUAUGACAAAAAUUUACAAUGUUGGAAAAGUGCAUUAGAUAAGUACAAAAGACUUCCUAAAUCGGAUAUUCAAGAAGUGCUUAAAAUAAGCUACGAUGGAUUGGACCAAAUUCAACGGGAUAUUUUCCUUGAUAUUGCAUGUUUUCUUAAAGGAUUCUACAAGAAUUUGGUUGUAGAUAUAUUACAAAGUAGCAAUUUUCAUGACCCAUACUAUGAUAUUGAAAAACUUAUCGAUAAAUCUCUCAUAGUUGUUGCAAAAGAUGACAAAUUAUUGAUGCAUGACUUGAUACAACAAAUGGGUUUGGAAAUAGCUCGACAAGAAUCAGAAGUGUCAAAAAAACAUAGAAGGCUAUUUUGCUAUGAGGAUGCUCCUGAAGUACUAAAUAGAGAUAUGGUAUAAGUCCUUUUGAUUUACCUUUUCCCUUUUCUCACAAUGCAAAUGUAAUUAAUUUUUUCCCAUUAUGUUUGAUUUGUCAUUUUAAUGUUGAAGAUGAU